AUAUAUGUGUGCUUAGAUCUGUUUGAUUAGCUUAUUUGAAGUUUUUUCACAAUCUUGGAAUAUGGGUGUUUUGUAUAUAUGAUAGUUACUUUUAGAGAUGGUUUAGUAUAGUAGAAAAAGGUGGUCAUUUUGAGUUUACUAGUAAAUAUUUUAGAUUUAUUAAGGUUUGAGAAUAUGAGGUCAGUUCAGGAUAAGGGUUGUUUGAGUAAUGAGACAUCCCGUGGCGGUAGUGGUGUAAACCGCGGUGGUGGUGGCGGUUCGCAUCACCACCGUACGGCUUUAGGCAAACCGACACCGUCAAAAUGGGAUGAUGCACAAAAAUGGUUAGUUAAGUUGUCUAGGGGUGGAGAAAAAUCACACUCAAAUAAAAAUGAGCCGCGUAGUUCAAAUGCGGAUGACAGGAGAUUAAUAGCCCCUGUUCCUAAAAAAGAGUACCCGAGUAGUGAAGACGAAGAAGGUGGGGAUGGAGUUAUGGUGCAUUAUGGUGGGAUGGAAACAAAAAGAAUUGACUGUGAAGAUUCAAUGUGGAGAUCUAAUGAGAAUCCGGGUUCAUUAGUGGUUAGAUCAAUUUGUGUUAGGGAUAUGGGAACUGAAAUGACCCCUAUGGCUAGUCAGGAGCCUUCAAGAACGGGUACACCGAUUCGAGCCACUACCCCGGCUACACGCAGCCCUAUAGGCUCCGGUUCUUCCACUCCUGCUAGAUUAUUCCAUAAUGGAGGACAUAGUGUGGAUAUGGGUGGAACCACAAGAUUUGGUCGAGAAAGGGUGGAGCCUAAUGGUGAAAAUGUGCCUGAAAACAAGGCUUCAGAUCAAGUUUCUAACAUAGAUCCUCUUGAAACCCGGGCAAUGGCUUGGGAUGAGGCAGAACGCGCAAAAUACAUGGCAAGGUACAAACGCGAAGAAGUGAAAAUACAAGCUUGGGAGAAUCAUGAAAAGAGGAAAGCCGAAAUGGAAAUGAAAAGAAUGGAGGCGAAGGCAGACAGAAUAAAAUCUCGAGCUCAAGAGAAGUACACAAACAAACUUGCGUCGACAAGGAGGAUUGCAGAAGAGAAACGGGCAAAAGCUGAGGUGAAUUUAAAGGAAAAGGCAGUGAAAACAUCUGAAAGAGCAGAUUAUAUAAGAAGAACCGGGCACCUUCCUUCUUCUUUCUUAAUAAAGCUGCCUUCUUCAUGUGUAUUUAGAUCACUUUGUUAUAGUUGUCACAGCUAGUUAUUUUUUUUAAGAAUUCAACAUCUACAGACUACUAUUUGCUCCUUCUGUUUUUGUGGA